AUGAAGAAGUCGAGAUUAAAGCCGCACAUUCUGGUAAUCAACUCUAUCAUCGGCGCAUUUCUCUUUUCUGCCGGAGGAAUGCUGGACCUGAUGGUGCAGGCGUUGAAUCCAGGGUUGGCCCAUCACGGGUUUGUCGGGGUGGUCAGUUUGUUGCAAGGAAGCGUAUACUCGAUCGGUUUAUUUUUCGUCAUCUCCAUGGGUAUGGAACUGUUCAACUCUAACGUGCUAUUUUUCUCUGUUGGGGUGAUGCGAGGGGCCGUUUCGGUUGUAGACCUGCUAACGAGCUGGCUUGUUUCGCUCUGGGUCAAUUUAGGCGCCACCAUUUUCGUGGUAUAUCUAUUUUGCCAUGUUUCUGGUAUCACCUCUUCAGGGACCUAUGUUACUGAGUCUCGUGAAAUAGCAGAGAGCAAAGAGGCCUUUUCCUUCAUGCAGACGUUUUUGAAAGGUAUCGCUGGGAACUUUUUCGUGUGUCUUGCAGUCUAUUUGCAAAUAAUGGUGAAACCGUUACACGUCAAGCUCAUAAUGAUAUACCUCCCGAUUUUCACAUUUGUGGCCAUGGGAUUCACCCAUUGCGUGGCAGACAUGUUUCUGGUGCCUGUUGGGAUUUUCAACAAGUGCUCGUUUGGCUGGGGCCGGUACUUUUGGAAACUGCUUCUUCCUGCUACGCUAGGAAAUAUUAUUGGAGGAUCGUUUUUUGGAGUGGUUGUUCCGUGGUAUUUGCAUCUCGUGGUGAUUGAGCAGGACAUGAAACAGCUCCAUCUUCCAGACUAUGAGGAGCGCGACGAGCAGCCUGAGCUGAACAUGGACUCCAGGGUGGUGCGCACCUCUGGCCACUCUCCCGUCACCUCGCUGAACAGCACCAUCAACUACAACCCGCCAGAGGUGCAACGGUAUGCUCCAUCCGUCGCGGAACGGUCGCCUAGCGGAGUGUUCCCUGUUUACGACAUGGGCGAGCCCUUGGAGCACGAACGGAGCAUAGCACAGGCAACUGAGGACGGCAAAGAUCUCCGACUGUCGUUGACCCGCAGCAGCUGGCGUCGCCGCGCUACACAGACCGACGCAGAGUCACAGCUCGAUACAGCUUCCAGGAGCCAGGAGUCUAUGAGAGACCGGAUUGUCCGCCAUCUGAGCAGGAACACAAGCAGGGACGACAUGGGCGCGAUGCGCAAGCGACUGUCUGCCGCGGGCAUCACAUCGAAAAUCGCCAGCCACUCUAACGAUAUUGCCGGUAUCCACCAGGGCUCCAUAGACGUGUCCUAUCCAGGCCCGACCGCGCCGAGGUUGAGGAAGGUGCCGACGGAGUCAGUAGAUCCUGCGGAUUCGCCUGACGACAGCUCCAGCACCGACGAAAAACGAGACGCAAACCGAUGA